UAUUUGCAUGCAUUUUGUGUUCAUUAAAUGAACACGUAAUAGCUACGUAUUAAUUACAAAUUACAUUAAACCUAAAAUCGUUUUCUUAUGGAUACGUCAAAGUAUGUGGAACAAAAAUUGCUAUUCCCUUUGCUCAGACAAGCGACUACUGUAAGCCUCGUUUGGUUUACUUCCGAGAUCAUCAUUUAGCUAGCUAGCUAGUUGCUGGCUAACAAUAUCUGUCGGUUUACGUUGGUUAACUCAUAGAGAAAAGUGGAUAAUAAUAAUAAUGCAGCAACGGGAAGAAAAGCAACUGGAAGCAUCGGUGGAGUCACUUAUUUCUCGCGUUGCACAUCUGAAAAAUGCUUUACACAAUUUCAUUUAUAAACUGGAAAAUGAGUACGAUCGUUUGACAUGGCCCUCGGUGUUGGACAACUUUGCCUUGUUGUCCGGCCAAUUAAACACCAUCAACAAACUGUUGAGGAAUGAAAAGACUCCUUCAUUCCGCAACCAGGUUAUAAUACCUCUCCUGCUGUCUCCAGACAGGGACGAGGAACUAGCAAAACUGACAGAGCAACGCGUCCCAGUGUUCAGCCAUGAGAUAGUGCCGGACCACCUACGGACCAAGCCCGACCCGGAGGUGGAGGAGCAGGAGAAGCAGUUGAGUGCAGAGGCCGCCCGGAUCGGCCCCGAACUUGCUCAGAAACAAAUCCAGACUUUGAAUAAGCUCUGUUCAAAUCUGCUGGAGAAGCUGAACAACCCUCGCGACGACAGAGACGCCGAGAGUGCAGCGAUACGACAGAACAAACCAUCUUUCAACCCCGCUGACACCAACGCCCUGGUGGCCGCUGUGGGCUUUGGGAAGGGCCUGUCGAAAUGCAGGCCCCCGGGACCUGUGGCCCCUGGGCACCCCGGACAAGGGGCCAUGAUGACAGGUGGCCCCACCUUACAGCAGGUCACUAUUGGGGGUGCUCCAGGGCAGGCUGGUAUGGGAGGACCCCCACCCCAGCAACAAGGACAGCCAGGAAAAAUGCCCAGCAGCAUCAAGACCAAUAUCAAGUCAGCCUCGGGUUCAAUGCAUCCCUAUAACCGAUAAAAUUAUUCACGGUGGACGAGAUCAUGUUCUGAUAUCAUUUAAACAUUGAUUAAAAGCCAUUCAAGUAUUAUGUGUCAUUUGUCUUUAAAACGAAUAAACAAUAGCUUAUUAUGUGA